ACGCUUUUCAUGUGAAAUUGACCAAUGGGCGUAUAAAAAAGGCCAGCCAGUCGUUUUCAUUCACUGCAUUCAGAUGUAAAUCUGGAGCGAUGAAUAGAGGGGGACUCUAUGACUGUAGCCGCCAGCGCCACCAGUAUCUGUAUCACUAAUAAUAAGGCCACCACCAUUGCAAUCGGUGGCGUUGGCGAAGACUCAAGAUUGGUGUCUUCAUCCCUCUCAGCCUCUUCUGCUUCAUUUUCAUCGUCGUCAACUUCAUCGUUUCGAUUCGGAUUAUCAUCAUCGAUUCCCUCUACACCGCUCCUAACAAUUCCAACUUGUGCAGCUUCCCGAUUGCAUCUGCUCCGCCUCCCUCCUCCUCGUCGAUGCUUUGCUAGCAUGGACAGUGGUGAAUUUCCAAGUCUGUAUCCAUUGCACCGGUGCAAAACUAUUUACCUGGUGAGGCAUGCUCAAGGAAUUCAUAAUGUGGAAGGAGAUAAGAACUAUAAAGCAUAUAUGUCUCCAGAAUAUUUCGACGCAUACCUUACUCCACUGGGCUGGCAACAGGUUGAUAAUUUGCGCAAGCAUGUACAUACAAGCGGGCUUUUGAAUAGGAUUGAAUUAGUUGUCACAUCUCCAUUGCUAAGAACUAUGCAAACUGCUGUUGGGGUAUUUGGUGGUGAUGGCUAUACAGACAGGAUGGAUACCCUGCCACUCAUGUUGGCAAAUGCAGGAAAUAGUCGGCGUGCUGCAAUUUCAAGUCUUAAUUGUCCUCCUAUUGUUGCAUUAGAACUUUGUCGAGAACAUUUGGGUGUUCAUCCAUGUGAUAAGAGGAGAAGCAUCAGUGAGUAUCAGUGCCUUUUUCCUGCAAUAGAUUUUUCACUGAUAGCAAGCGAUGAGGAUACUUUGUGGAAGGCAAAUGUCAGGGAGACAAAAGAAGAAGUUGCAGCUAGAGGAAUGAACUUCAUGAAAUGGUUACUGUCACGAAAAGAGAAAGAGAUAGCUGUUGUUACCCACAGUGGAUUCUUGUUUCAUACACUAUCCGCAUUUGGUAAUGACUGUCACUGUUCAGUGAAGAAAGAAAUUGCUCAGCAUUUUGCUAAUUGUGAGCUUCGCUCAAUGGUCCUUGUGGAUAAAAGCAUGAUAGGGUCAGACAGUUCACCAAUAAAUUAUCCCGGUAAAAUUCCUUCUGGGCUGGAUUUGCCCAGCGAUUUAGCAGACGAGAAGAAUCUGGAAAAUGGGAAGACCUAACGAAAGACAUUCCAACCGGGUCUUUGAAGAUCAACCCAUUGAAGCAUGGGAUUGCUGCUGCUAUAUGCCUGUGUACCUUGGCUGCAAUCUCAUGACUUAAAAAGCAGCUGAACUUUUCGUGGAGAUGAUGACUUUCUAGAUGCAAGGAGCAAUACUGUUUUGCAUCGUCUGUAAUUUGUUUGGUUAUGUAUAUGUAAGCCAUCUAAAUUUCUAUCUCUUGGGAGAUUACUGCGAAUCCACCGUAAAAUCUGAUCAUAUUUUUCUGUCUCUUGGAGCUAAGAGGGUUUUAUUUAUCGCUUUUCUCUUGAGCAA